UUUAUCAGUCACAACAGAAAGAGGGUCAGAGCAGUCUGGUCUGUCUCAGGCAUUUUCUGCCUUCAGCCUCUUUACGGAUCUGUCAUUUCACCGCGAGAUGUUUCCGGUAAAUGUGAUAAUCAUCACCGGUCUGCUGGUGCUGCGCUGUGGGGCGGAUCUGUGUAACUGGACCGGAGGCGGUUUUGCAGCUGGCCCGGACCCCAAGAUCGUUCUCCAGGUUCGGCUCCGUUGCACCGAGGGCUCUGUGAGGUGGGUCCACCCGGGUCAGGCUCUCAGGGUGGUCCUAGAACCCAAUCUGUCCUCCAGCCGCCGCGGGUCCGUCUGCAUCAAACCCUCUCCAUCUGCAGGUGGAGCCGUGUUUGUGGAGCGGGCCGGGCGGCUGGAGCUGCUGGUGACGGAGGACGGGCGGUCUGGGCGGGAGGUGUUCUGUUUUCGGGCAGAAGGACCGCACAGACCCGCUAUCUACAUCCAAGCCAGCCCGGAGAGUCCAGGAACCGGGACAAGGCGUAGACUGGGCUUCAGAUAUGAGCUGCGGGACAUCAGGAGGGCUGAGGCCACAAACCUGCAGGGAGGUCUGCAGAAUCCGUGCCGACCCUGCGAUGACACAGAACUGCUCAUGGCCAUCUGCAACAGCGACUUUGUGGUUCGAGGCCUUAUUCAGAACGUCUCCCACGACUCUGUGCGUCAGACCUCUCAGGUGGAGGUUUUGGCGGUGAGGGUUUACUGGCAGCGCUCCAGAGCAUUUGAGAGACACGUGGGUCCAUCUGGGUCAUCUCCGCCCUGGCACGGACACAUCCACACCCAGCUGCGGUGCCGCGUCAGGCCUGGAGGCGGAGAGUUUCUCUUCACAGGGUCAGAACACUUUGGGGAGGCUUGGUUAGGCUGCGCUCCUCGAUACAAAGACUUCUUAUCUGUUUACCACAAAGCCAGGACAGAGCGAAGGAAUUCCUGCGACUUCCCUUUAGGCUGAUGGAGUUUAGAGUCUCUGAGGGGCCAGUGGGAACCUUGUAAGGCAGCAUUAGCAGCAGGGGCACGCUGCUCAAAUGUUGGUGAAAUCAGGUUUGGUGGUGCAGACCCUGGUGUGCCAAGGCUCUGAGAGGACCGGCCUUUGUCCCAUCAGUCAUGAGAGACAGAGGAGGGGUUGGGUUGCUGCUCCCGUUAUGUGUCUCCUCACAUCAGCUGUCGCUCACCCUGCUGCCUCUGGAGAAGAGAAACACAAGAGUCAUCACCUGUUUGUCUUUGGGCACAAAUCUGAGUUAUCUUGAAUAAAGUUCUUAUCUGCAGCUUUUGAUAAUGGGUGAAAAUAGUUUUUAGACCAGCAUCUGCUGACAAACAUAAAAUAAAGUCACAGUUUCUGCACAUGGAAAAGGCCUUGUUUCAUUUUAGCUUAACCUGACUGAACAUUUUUCAGAACCCAGGCAAAACUAAUACAUCGAUGUUCACAGAGCUCAUUUAUGCAUUUUUAUAUUUUCUAAAUAAAUUAGACACACACAGUUCUUCCUGAGCAAACUCAAAUGUACAUCUUCAUUAUCUGUAAACAAGCAGACCUUCAGCUCUCUGCAGAGACCCCGUGUUACAAACAUGAUGUGAACCAGAACCUUUAUUAAACGAGAUUUUUCUAGUUAAAAAAAACAUGACAAGAAGUGUAUAGAUCAGGGUUGUGAUGCCUGGAUCUCUGCUCAAGAAGAAGGUGGACCGAUGUGUGGUCCUCAAAGACCACCCCCCAGGAGAAGAAUUACUUGACGUUUCCACACUUCUUCUUCUUCUUCUUCUUCUUCUUCUUCUUCUUCUUCUUCUUCUUCUUCUUCUUCUUCUUCUUCUUCUUCUUCUUCUUCUUCUUCUUCUUCUUCUUCAGUUUAAGUUUAUUUGUAAAAGGGACAGUACAUAUUAAUGGACAUGUAUAUAUUUAUACAAAUGUAAACAUGCAAGAUUAUAGCCAAGGCUAAUUUCCAUCUUUAGUCCCUCAGCAGGUCGAUAGCUGCUACACAUGUGUGAAUACAAACAGUCAGGAAAACAAGUACAAAACAUUGUUGUGAUCCUAAAAUUAAACCCCCCCAAAAAUUUUCAUAAAACACCCUAAUUUGUAAAAUUAACUACUUCCGUUUACCCUGUAUUAAAACUUAAAAAGUAGCCGCACAAGUUAAAAUUUUCCAAAUACAUAAAUAAAAUAUAACCAUACACCAUUUAGCAGCAAGACAAUAUAAUAGCCCCUACCUCAGUGGAAAAACACUCUUUACCUUGUCCUUAAAUUUACUGUUAUGUAUUCUGUUUAUGUUUGAUUGUGUGAACAGAUUUGAGUAUCUAACAGCCACAAUUUAAGUUCUUUGCAAAAAGAAUUCAAAGUAUUACGUUCACGGAUCGCUGUUGGAAUUGUAUUCCAUGUUCUUGAGGCGUGAUAUGAAAACACCGUCUGUCCAAAGGUGCUUCUUCUGAAGGGGAUCAGAUAGUCACCCCUGAAACUCGCCCUGGUCGAUGUAUUGUCUUUUCCUUUUUGUUUAAUGUACUCUUGUAAUGGAAUCUGAGCCAAUCCAUGUAAUAUUUUAAACAUAAGUAUUGAAUCUGUAUAUCUAAUCAUGUUUUCCCAGCUCAGUAUUCGGUAUUUUUCAAGAAUUCUGCAAUGAUGAUGUGCUUUUGGUUUUCCGUCUAGAACCUUUAGCGCUGAUUAUAUGCUGUAGUUAUUGGUUUUAACGUGGUUUUGUUUGCCUUUGUCCAACUGGAUGUACAAUAAGUCAUGUGUGAAACGAUCAUAGCAUUAAAAUAAAGUUUUGCUGACUCUAGUGCUAAGUUUUCUCUAAUGUAUUUAAAGUUUGAUAUGUUGAAUUUCAUUCUAUUUACUUUUUUUUUACUUGUUGCUUGAAGGUAAGCUGUGAGUCUAGAACAAUUCCCAAGUAUAUUCUUGCACUGUUUCUAAUUUUUUUCCAUGUAGUAUUACUCAUGAAUCUGUUUCUUCAUGAGGAACUCUUUUGGAGAAAAACUUGCUGACAGUUUUGGCAGAAUUCAGGAUUAGUUGGGAAUUUUCCAGCCAUUCAGUAACCCUGAUCGUUACAGAUGUCAGUGUUUUUGCUGCCAAGUUUAUAUUUUUGGCAUGGACAUAUAUUAC